AGGACAUAAGCGCCUCUCUGAAUCUCUUAUCCGGGUAAUUGGAUCACGGAACUUUGUGGAGUUGGACCCGACCUCCUCUAUUAAACCCUCGAAGGGCUUAAACCUCAAAAUUCGUCGUCGUCCGUCGCUCUCAAGCUCUCUGCGUACUGAAGAAACCCUAAUAAUGGCCGAUUCCAAGCCUCCGCCAAAGCGCCGCCGGCAACUCCCCGAGGUCCCCACCUUCUCCUCCUUCGCUCGCUGCAUCUCCAAUACUAGGGUUUCAUCUUCUCACACUUCCCCUAUCGGAUCCCGAUCCAAAUCCCCCGAGCCCGAACCAGAACCAAAACCAAAACCUAAACGGAUCGAGUCUGCUUCUUCUGAUGACGAUGAUGACGCGGAUGAGGAGGAGGAGGAGGGAUCUAUGGAGAUGGUUCAAGCGGAUUUCGGGUUCUUCGACCCGAAACCCAAUGACUUUGGGGGAGUGAAGCUCUUGUUGCAGAAUUAUUUGGAUGAUAAAAUUUGGGAUCUUAGUGGGUUUGUGGAUUUGAUACUGGAGCAGACUUCGGUGGGGAGUGUUGUCAAAUUGGACGGCUACGAUGAAGGUUAUGAUGAUGGUGAUGGUGAUGGUGAUGAAGGCGAUAAGAAGGACGAUGAUGAUGAUGAUGGUGUUUAUGCUGUUGUUAGCGCUCUUAAUUUGGGGCGAUAUGCUGGUCAUCGGUGUAUUGGAGAACUGAAGAAGUUCUUGCUUGGGUCAUGCAAUGGUGAGAGCACCAAGAAGAAGUUGAAAUUACUGCUGGAAGAGCAAGCAAAUGAGGUAGCUCUCUUGGUUUCUCAACGGUUUGUGAACUGCCCUUACCAGUUAGUGCCACCGUUGUAUGAAGGUCUAUUCAACGAGGUUUCUUGGGCAACAGAAGAUGAGCCCACACAAGAACUACAGGACUCCUUCCGUUUCAAAUUCUAUUUAUUGUUCACCAGAAUAUAUGAGAAGAAAAGUAUUGCAAAGAAAAAGGCGGGAGGAAAGCAGGAUUGUGAUGAACCUAUUGUUUAUGUGAAGGCCGAAGAUGAAAUAUUCCGUGAGCUCAGUUCAUGGUCAUUUACGUUUCCUUUGCAUGCCGAGCACUUAGCUCCCCGUGAGCUGAAAAAUUACAGGACAAUGGGGCUAGUGAUGGCUGUAAAAGCUGAUGAAAUCCCCAAGUUCCAGACAAAGUUGAAAUCCUUACUGGCUGAAUCCUAGUGUUGUGACAUGAUGCAUUGUCAAUCUUUUCCUGUUCUUUUCAUCGUUUGUGAUAAGUUUUGACCUUUGCUAUUGCAUCCCGUUCAAGAAUUUGACUUCAGAAUCCAACCUAGGCGGCUGACUUGGACCAAGAGGUUGAUGUUUACAUCCUCUAUGUGUUGAUUGUGUUGGAAAAUCCGAGUUUUACUAGAGGACCAAUGAUUCUUUUCCUUUUUUUGGGGGGGGUUCUCCCCUAAAUGUAAUCUCUGUCCUUGAUUUUGUGAGUUGCAAGGAGGUGUAUUGUUCGGGUUUUUUGGACCGACAAUGAGAUUGUACUACCAAUCUAUGCAUGACUGUAUUUGUAAGAAGAGAGGAAACAUUAACUAAAGCUAUUUAUUCUGGUAGUAAUAGUAUUACUUUUGUUAUGACUA